ACAGUGGAGCACAGAGGAGAGCUGGGCCCUGGGGACAUAACGGCAGGCCUGACGUGUGCAGAUAGGAUGCACGCAGACGGCCCUGCGGACAGGACGUGAAGGUGGCAGGAUAGAUGUAACUAUACAUAGAUGCAUAUAACGAACGGGCGCAAGGAAGCCCUCCCGGGCCCCGUUUCUAGGACCGAAUCCCGUGGUUUUGAGUGCCUCUCUUCCCUCCUCCUUUCUCCGCUCACUACAUCGCCUCUCUGUCUCUCCCCCCCCUGUCCCCCACACCCCAAUUGCCUGGUCCUAUUUGUUCCGUUGGAAAAGCCCCUCAGCACUCACUCUUCACAUUCCAGUCUGUUUUUGUCCAUCCUAUUCAUCCAUCCCCCCCCCCCCCAUCCCAGUUCUGUCACUGUUGUUUCGGGCCUUUUGUGAUGAUCACAUCCCCCUGCUACUGCUGGAAACAUAUCCCUGAAGCCAAAACAAGGCGAGCCAUUCAUCCACCUAGACAUAUUUCUGGUCGGACACUCAGAAGGGCCCUCAAACAUACCCCCCCCCCCCCACCACACACACACACACACACACACACACACACGCCGCAUGGCAUCAGAACUCUCGUCCUGGCGUUCUCGUCCUCUUGUGCCUCCCUGUGCGGAGCGUGGAAGGAUUCGUACGACGAGGAAAGAAGCACUACUUUUGAUUUCUGCCUGCAGACACCGAAGAGGAAAUAUUUUCCGUAAAACAGAACCUUUCAAACGAAGAAGAAGAAGAAGUGUGUACAGCUCGGGUCAAGUGCUGUUUUUACGUGAAAAAAAAAAAGGGUUGAUGUUAUUGUUUGCGAACGGACACACACACGGCAGUGGUGUUGUCGAGCCCCGCUUCUCCUCAGUUUUGAACGUCAUCUUUUUUUAUAUUUGCCGGGGUAACUUUCAGUACCACGGGGCUGCGUCCUGUGCUUCAGAACGUGGUACCAAUGUAUGCUGACAACUACCUGUGCUCUAGUGCGGUGAUGUGAUGAUGACACUACGGGCUUGUAAAUGAGAACAGUAAUCGUAUGCGCAAAUCCAUUUACUAACUGCUGCCACACAGUUCCCAAACUUUCACAGUUUGGGAGUGUUCUGCAUAAUAUAUUUUUCUUUUUUUUCCUUUUAAUAUUAUUUCCCAAAUUUUUUGAGAAUGACUUGAUCGAGCAGUAUAGCUGGUAACAAACACCAGCAUCUGAUCAGUCAGUUCUAAAGAAUAACUGUAUACUCGAAUCAGAGUAUGGCAAUAGCACCAUCUCUGGUGAAACAAGUUAUUGUGGACAUUCUGGAUGAGCCCAAACGAUGUAAUGUAAUAUAUAUAUAUGAUGGAAAGGAACUUGGAGGAAACUGAAAAUCAUAACAUGUUUAGGUGCCCGUCCUGUUGCUUUAGUUUAGAGUUCAGACCUUUAUUUGAGACAAAACAAUCCAGUUAGUGUUCGUAAAGAUUAAACUAACUGCAUAUUCUAACUUCAUUACAAUACAACUUAGUUGUUAGGGAUUUACGCCAGUGUGCUCAUGACAGCAAUCACAGCAUAAGUCAAGACACAUACAUAGACACAAGACACUAACAUAAAGAAACACCUAACACAUAACCCUGACAUCGACCAUUGACCAUUACUUCAUGGAUGUAAGAUAUUGAUAGUCCAAGAGGAAAGUCUAGGUAGAAAGCCUAAUGUAAAGGAAGUUAUCACACAUUGUAAAACAGCAUACGUUUCUAUGCAUGGAAAUUUCAUGGAUUUAGAAAAUGUAUUAAAUCAAAAAAUCCUGUUUCUGGUUCAUGCAGGAUAGUUUGGUGAUUAGGGAUACAUGGUGUAAAGCCAUAAUUAUUUAUCAUUCAUCGUAGUUAAUUCAUUAAUAGACAAGCUACCUUAACAUUUGUGUCCAAAGUAUAAAAGUGAUAGGGGAAUUUAAACUAUUAUGAAAAUGUAGUCCAAAGGGUUAAAAAUUAUGAAUUAUCUUUGAACUACCUAGAAGCCCUGUUUUAAGGGGUUGUCUACAAAUUCAGAAGCAAAUAUAGGACUCUAUUUUAUUGUACUUUCAAUGUUUGUGUUUUACUUAUAGCUUUCAGCUGUUAUGUCUCAGUGACAACUUCUUUUCCCGUGUCUUAUAUUUGACAAGCAAGAGCUGUAUUUGACAAGCAAGAGUAUAAACAUACUAAAGCGUAGUUACCUUCAACACAGCUAUGAUAGGCAGGCUAUUGUUGCUAAUUGUAAUAUUUUUCUAUUGUUAUUAUUGGGACUUCAGAGUUCUGAUUCAGAACACUAAUAACUCACGGACGGUUUGUUUGCUGUGUUGCUCCUCCACUACAAUCUCCUCAUGCACACUCGGAUGACAGUGAAGAGAUCUCAAAUGAUACCACUGGAGUGUGUGUUUACCAAAAUAUGUUUGUAUUUUCCCCCUUUAUCAUUAUAUUUCAUCAGAGUUAAAUCAAAAUGGUGUCCGGGGCUAAUUUCUGCAUUUAAAAUGUUGCAGUAAAACAGGUGUAACGAACAUUAACUGUGCAUUCAUAGGUAGACUAGGGUACCAUUUAGUCUAGUAUUUGCCAAGUAUAAUAAACGUCUCUCGAGUUGAUGGUUCAACCCAGCCUGUGGAGCUAUAUAUCACACGGUAGACUUUCAGCUGCCCUGCAUCGAUGCACGACAGUGACCACGCUCCUCCGGCCGGUCUCGUGUUUAUUUGCAUGCAGGCCGUGAUAACACCAAGUAUAGAGUUUUGUAUGGUCAAAAACGGACGCGGCGUUCUGCCAAGUGUGCAUGGACGCAGAGGGCCCUGCCGCCCUGCUUUUGACUUUCGGUUUUAUGUUGAAUGUAAAAGAAGAAAAGACUGGAACAAAAAACUGUUUUCAGUUCAUUUCCCAUUACGACACACACAUUAACGUGUGUGUCACCGUAGGGGAAGACGUGCUGGCUCCUUGCUAGCUCCCUUGUAAAUGCUGACGUUAUUGCAAUGUACACCUUACACGGCUCAUACGGCUCAUGUGAAGUCUAGUUGUCGACGGCCCCACCCCCCAGGCCUGUAUAACUUGUGUACUUGUACACAGCAAUAUUUAUUGGAUAAAAUUGUGUUUAUUCUCCUCUCACCACCACACAUUCUCCAAUGUCACCCCCCCCCCCUCCUCAAAAUGUCCGAAGGAAACGGCCAGAAUCGGAACCCUUAUCGAUUUUAAAAUGUUGCCUAUGAAAACAUGUAUAUUAUGGAAAUAUGGAACUCUUAAAGUGAGGUUUUAUCUGUGGACAAUCAAUAUUUUCUAUUCUAUAGUAACGUAUGGAUGACUGUACAUAAUGGUGUUUCAGAUGAAAAAGAUGAAAGUCGCGUAUCAUGGAUCGAUGUGAGUUUUUUGCCUUUAUUCCACUGAAACCUGACUCUUCCCAAAGGAAAACAAAUAAAGUACAUGUUUUAAAAUCUGUGGUGGAAUUCAUUAUUCUCGAGUUGCAGAGUUGAAUGGUUUUCUUUUGAUAAACCAGUGCUAUAUCAACUGGCACCCGUUUUAGGGGAUAGUAGGCCUAACCUUAGACCGAUUUUAAUGUUUCAAUAGUGAAAGAACAUUGAGCAGUUUGACUCUUUUUAGUGAUUUUAUUUAACACUAAUAUAUAUUUAAAUCUGCUACAUAGACCUACGAUUAGGUUAGGUUCAAAGACCUGUGAAAAUGUACAGUCUGAUGGAUGUUUUAAAUGUCCCAUCCUCUCUGAUGCUGACCUCCCAGGUCGUUGUAGCAGCAGUGACGUCACGUCGUGUCCGCUGCAACAGGUUACUGUCUAUGACCAAACACCUAGGGCUGGGUUAAACAGUGCAUUUCAACUGAAAGAGGUGACGGCGCGGUGAAUUACGGCAAGCGAGAUCACGGGGAACUCCUGGUCAAACACACGAGGCGGUGGAGGUGAAUGAACCGCCGAUCAAUUUCUUUGGAAGACAUUGUUGCAGAAUUACGGUGAACAUCGAUAACGCCACACAGUUCCCCGGAGGCCGAAGCGGGUCAGGGGGUCCGGGUUUCUUCGUCGCUCCUCGUUCUGAACGAUGUUAAUGGACGGAGCUGUGUUCUCCACUGCUGCUCCUUCUCCUUCUGUCGUUGCUCCGCCACCACCAGCACCACCCUCCCAACCCAUUCCCGCCCUUACUCCAGCAUGUCCGCCUCCGCCACCCCCGCCACCCCCACCACCCCCACCUCCACCACCCCCACCUCCUCCACCCCCACCCCCGCUGGCCACUCCAGCACUGUGCACCAUCCAGCGGCGCUGCAUGAAGAAGGUGAACUGGGUUGCCAUCCCCGGCAGGUGCAUUCUGGGUAAGAUGAACGUGUGGACGUCCGGGCGCUCCCAGACCGAGGAUCUGGUGCUGGACCUCCGCAGCAUGGAGGAGCUGUUCAGCCACGGCGAGACGCAGGCCCCGUGGAAGGGCCGCCGGACCCCCGGGGACGGGCACAAGGGCGGUGAAGGCCUGACCCCCUUUUCCAAAGCUGCGCAGAUCUCCAUUCUGGACGCCAAGAAGAGCAUGAACAUCGCCAUCUUUCUGAAAACCUUCAAACGCCCAGUUCCAGAAAUGGUUGAGGACAUUAUUCACGGCAACUGGCUGCGAUUUGGAACGGGCAAACUCGGAGAGCUUUGUAAACUGCUUCCAGAUACAAGUGAGGUGAAGAAGCUGUGUGCUUUUAACGGAAACGUCUCACACUUAGCUGAAGCCGACCGGUUCAUGGUGCAAUUGGUUAGAGUUCCAGGCUAUGAUGAGCGAUUGAAGACCAUGGUGCUAAGAGAGGAAUUCUUCCCCCAAAUGGAGGAGAUGAAGACCUCGGUGGAUGUGAUGACCAAAGCAGCUAAUGAGCUGUUGGACUGCGAUGACCUCCACUCUGUGAUUCGCUUGGUGUUGAAAGCUGGGAACUAUAUGAAUGCUGGCGGACACAGUGGGAAUGCCAUCGGCUUUCGGAUGAAUUCCCUGCUCCAGCUGUCUGACACCAAAGCCAAUAAGCCCGGCAUGAACCUGAUGCACUACGUGGCGAAGCAAGCGGAGGACAUUGAUGCAGAGCUGCUCACGUUUCCCAGCCAACUUGAACACAUCGCAAUGGCUUCGAGGAUUUGCCAAGAGGAGGUGAAGGCUGACUUUGAAAGAGAAGUUAAGAAGAUAGAGGAAGUGCAGUUGUACGCCAGCAGACAACCAAGUCUUCUCCAGCAGAUGGAGACAUUUCUCCUGAGGGCCAGACUGAAGUUGUCCGAUCUGAGUUCUUCUCUCAGUGAACUCGGUAAACUGAGUGAAGCGGUGGCAGAGUUCUUCUGCGAAGACCCGGCCGCUUUCAAACUGGAGGACUGCUGCUCUGUCUUCAGCUCCUUCUGUCAGAAGUUCCUCACAGCCAUUCAGGACAACCGGCUCCGCGAGGCGCUGGAACUGAGACGCAAGUGCAAGGACUCGGCCCGCGGCUCGAUCAAGCGGCGCUCCACCUGGUCCGGGCAGGAACCCCGCGCCGUCGGGAAACGCUACGCCUCGUCGGAGACCCUCGACUCCUCGUCCGGAGACCAGGAGGCCGCCGGCUUGGAGUCGGCGCUCCACAGCUUCCUGGCCGCCGCGGCUCCGAACCGGUGCCGGAGGAAGCUCAUCCCCGUGGAGAUGGGACCGUUGUUGGAGCUCAGCAAUAGCCUGACCGAAGCCCCGUCGUCCCGCUCGGAGGGGCUGGUGGAGACCCUGGCGGCGCCUCUACUAAGCCUGGAGACCACCCUAUUGCCAGGCCUGGAGACCACCCUACUGCCUUGCCUGGAGACCACGCUACUGCCUUGCCUGGAGAGUACCCUCCUGCCAAGCCCGGAGGAGAAGGACCUCCCGCUCACCGCGGAAAACCAGGAGGACGGCCAGACGAAGCGAGCAGUGAUUAGUUACCAAAAUUGCCGAGGUAAAGGCACAGGGGCGGACUGGCCUCGCCACUCUGACUCCACCCUGGCUGCUCUUGCUGUGCCGGCCACCCCUCUCUCCACAACCAGGGAUUACAUCUUGAGGAGUAACGGGCCUUCUUGUUCGCCCUGGACCAUCGUCAGCCCCUUCAGCAACCCGGAAGGAAACGGCAAUCCGCGCAACAGACACAGCCGUCACAGCAGGCGGGCCUUCUCCAUAUCCGACGCAGACGAGCAGGACGACGGCUGUUGGCCGCGGCCUCCCAUCCCGUCUUCCUGCUCCUCGACGACCAUCACUCCUUCCACCUUCUCCGGGUCCUCCGCACUCGAAGACCCCACCGAGGACCGAGGAGGAGGAGGAGGAGCAGCGGCGGACUUUCCAUCGGGUUCCCCCGACAACCUCGCUUCGAGAAGAUUCGUUCCAGAGUACCCGGCCGAGAUGCCUCUGUCUCUGGGGCCGCUGCUCCGGUCGUGCUCCCUGGACGAGACCAGGACGCCGCCGGUGCAUGGCUCUUGGUGGGGAGAGCUGAUCCAGAAGAGCAUCGCCCAUAGGACCAAGUCGUGCUCCUCGUCCAGAGCGAAUUCGCCGACGGACGACGUGUUCACGUCAAAAGAGGGAGGCGGCUCAGGUUUGAUCUCGUUUUUCAGACGCUUUGGGAACAAGAGCAAAGCUCCAGAUUCAAGAGUGCUGAAUUAUGGAGAAGCAGGUCUUUGAAUUGGCCGGCUAAGAGAAGGAUCCAAUUUUCUUCUUUAACCAUUUUACUUAUUUGUUAUUUAUUUUAAAUAUUUUUGCUGUGAAGUCUGACACUUUUAUCGUUCACUGGGACCAAAGGCAAUCAAGGACUUGUUUUGAAAUUGACGUGUUUUUAGAUAUUUAGAUGUCAGGCUGCAUUCCAAAAAUUCUUAAUUCACAUUAUACAAUAUUUAAGCAUUUGUCUUUUUGUGUGUUUGUAUGUUCAAUAAAGUGUAUUUUCAAUUAAACAAC